UUUCUCUCUUUUUUCUCCAUUGACUCCCAUCAACAUAAUCUCACGCCCUUUUCAACAUUUGACACCACAAACCGUUGGGAACAAAAGGCAAAAUAAAAAAGGAUAAACUUGCCCCGCUCGAUUUCACUUACCGAAUUAUAAUAAAAAAAGUCUUACCUCUACGCAUUCACCACUAACAAUGACUUCGACCAAGAAGAGCAAAACUCGUGCCAUGCCUAUGCUUCCAACGUCGUCAACAGCUCCCUGUCUAGCACAUUCAUUGCAGAACGAGGACUGGCCAGCAGAAGCACAAAAGGUCAAGGACGAGCAGAUGCAAGCCUUCUACCAAGAGUAUAUUAAGACUGUACCCGAGAAAGGAACAGUCGUGGAUCCAGACGAUCAUAUUCGGAGACUUACAACUGCCCUUACUCAGUAUACGAGCAGAGGAAUGCCAGAGGAUAAAGCUGUAUCAGAAGAGUUUUUACGCCAAGGUUCUGAACAUAUCUUGACUCCUUCUCCAGAGGAACUCAUGGAGCUGUAUGCGACAGUCCUUCGUGAGAAUUUAGACUUGAAUCCUAAAAUGAAGGAAAUACUUACGGAUCAAAACUUUGCGGCAUCUACAUUACUACAUGGAGAAGAGCUCAUCCAGCAUUUUCGUCAUCAUCAGCAACGUCAACAUGCAGCAGCGUCUCAACAACACGCUCCUUGCGGAUGUGGUGUAGACCAUGGAGAUGAGGCCCUUGGCUUUCCGGAAGACAGCUAUGAGGACGAGCCGGAUGAGGAAGAGGAAGAAGAAGACGACGAAGGAGGCGAAGGAGAUGAGGGAGAAGAGGAUGAUGGUGAAGAGGAGGAGGAAGAGGAGGAGAGCAUGGAUGAUGAAGAGUAUGAUGAUGACGAUGGACAGGAUGUUGUAGAUGGGUAUGCACAUCACUAUGAAGAGAACAGCAUCAAAAUGAUGGCCUAUGAAGAAGAGAAACUUAAGCUAGAGACAGUCCGCAGAGUCCGUGAGGAAGAACGACGUCUCAAGGAGGAGUUUCGCAAGAAAAGGCUAUCCGAGAGGAUAAAGCAGAAGCAAGAAAAGGAGAGAAUUCAACUACUGCAACGAUUACGUCUAGAAGAUGAAGAGCGCCGCAGGCGCGAAGUACUGGAAAAGCAGCGUCGGGAAAAACUUGAAGAAGAGAUGCGGAAGAAGCGAGAGGCGGCUGAAGCCGACCAAAAGGCCCGUUCAUUCUUAUUUCAAUGCACGAUGCGGUCACAGGUUGAGACUGUAAAACAAAUCAUUAGCGCUACUCCGGAUGAAUCUUGUUCCUUGACAGGCGUACCACGCUUCGUCACAACUGCCGCGACGCGCCUAUUUGGAUGGGAGUUCAUGACCAUGGUAGAAGGCGUUGGUGAAGUUAGUGAGGAAAAGGGCGUCCAGGAGACACUGCUUCACGUCGCUGUACGAGUAGGAUGUGUUGACUUGGCGAUAUUCUUUAUUAGCAAAGGUGCGCCGUUAGAUGCUCUUGAUAAGGAUGGGCUAACGCCACUCCAUACUGCAGCAAAACAUUCUUCGCCUUUUGAGAUAUGCAAAGUGCUUGUAGAGAAGACUGCGCAUCAUAUUGAUCAGACAUGCAUUCUCGACGGCAAGACAGCACUUCACUAUGCAGCCCAGACUGGAUAUGCCGAUCUCGUAUUGUUGUUGUUACAAUACCAUGCUCGGAUUAAUCCACAAGACCUUAAGGGCAACACACCAGAAUUCCUUGCAAAAGUGGGGUUGGAGAGUGUAUUAUCAGAAAAGUCAACAAAGGCCAAUACGAAGCAGGCCAACGCAACCAAAGCACAGAAAUUUCGAAAUGUAAUACAGCACCUCCAAAAAGCGAUAAUUGCAGCUAAGGAGGCUCAAAGUCGGAAGGAUGCACAGCUUGAGGAACAAAGGCGAAGAGACGAAGCUCUUGCGCGCGAAGAAGCAGAGAAGGAUAAUGCUGCUCGAAGAAAACAGGAGGAGAAGCUCGAAGCGGAUUUGAGGAGACGCUUGGAGGAAGAGAAGGAGUUAGAACGUUUGAAGGCGAUAGCGUCGGACCCAAGCGGAAAUAACAACACUAGCAACAAGAAAAAGAAGAAGAAAAAAGGCGGCAACAAAAAUGAAGCAGCAUCCACUGCAAAAGAGACACCACCAAUAACAUCUUCCCCGUCUAAAAAAGGAAAGGAAUCUUUCUCCGAACUAUCCAACGUUGAUACUAAAAUGGUUCAAAGUUCAGCAGAAUCGACGUCAAUCUCAAAUCAACCUAUAAAAAUCAUUGACCCUCCAUUACCGACUGCAAAGCCUUCCGGGGCCAAUACAAAACCGUCGACAUCAGCUAAAAUAGUAUCAGCUGUUAGCUCACAGCCCACCAUAAUAAGAAUUCCAAAACCCAAAACAACAUAUCGUCCUUCACAACUGGUCGUCACUCGCAUGACAGAUAUGGGAUUUCCAUUGCGUGAAUCUCGGAAAGCGCUAAUUCAGACUGAAGGACGUGUGGAGGAUGCAAUCGACCUCUUAACCAGUGGAGCACAACUCGCAGAUGAUUCUGAGGAUGAAGCAGAGCAGGCAGCAGAGAGAGCUAAAGCCAAGGCAGCCAAACUUAGCGCUAUGAAUGCAAAGGCGCAGCCAGCAAAGUCGUCGGAAGGUCAUGUGAAUGGUCAUGCCAAUAUUGUACGGUCACCGCAGCAGCCCAACUCCGAUCCUGCACAGAACCACCAUGCUCAGUCUACAUCUCAACAGCAACAGCAGUCGCAGGCACAUCAGCGCACAUUUUCUCAGUCCCAUGCUCCUCUGGGGAUGCAACAAAUAUCUCCACGGCCUGCUAACCAUCCCGUACAGAUCUUGCAACGGACUCAGGCGGUGGCUCCCCAUGUCCAAUCCCGAUCAGUACCUACGCAAGUGCUUCAGCGACCCUCAGCUCAUGUUCAACAGCUGCAGCAUCCACAGUCCCAUAUCAACGCACAAAUUGCAAAAGCAGGGAAGUCACUAUCCAGCCAAGGAGCGGUACUAGCAACCUUGAACCCAGUGCUGCAUCAAACUCCGGCGAUUACAGGCUUCAUCGCCCCUAGGGCAGCUCAGCCGAUAUCUUCUACACGUACUCCCUAUUCUUAUGGGCCAGCGACACCAUACUCUCAUAAUAGUAAGCCUUUGACACCUUCAGUUAGCACGAGCCAUGUCAACAAUCCCAACCUAACUUCUAACAGAAUACCAGUGUCUCCAUCCGCUUCUGGCAUGGAUCGAAGUGUCCCUGGACAUGGGCCUGUAAAUGACGCUGGAGCGAUUGGGGUGGUGCAUAAGUUGGGAGACAUGAACCUCUCAGAUCAUCAAGGCUUUGGUACUGGCUCGGAUUUUUCUGGAUUUGCGGCAGUGGCAUCUACGUGGGAUGUCAGUAUUGGUAGCAAGGGACCGGUGACCUCAGCUUCACAGGAGCUUCCAAUGCCUAUGAGUGCAGGAUAUCAGUCUUCGCCUAUGACUGGGCAUAAUCUAUGGUCAACCUCUGGCUUACCCCUAUCUACAACAUCUUUGCUUUCUAACGUUGCCGAUAACAAUAUUGGAUCUGCGUUCGGAUCCCCAUUCUUGACCAGUUUACCGACAGCCCACCACCAGCAACAGCAAACACAGUGCCAACCGGUACAUCAACCAACAUUACGCCAACAACAGCAUCCAGGCUCGUCAGUCAUGGGUUCUCCUUUGGAUGGGCUGCAGGCUUUUGGUGAUAAUGAUCUAGAUCUUGGGAAUGCGGGCGAUGAAAUGAUCAAGGACGUACUUGCCAUGACAGGCGCUAUCGACUCUGAAGAGUUUGCGGAACUUCAGGCAGAGUACUCACUCUUGGGCUCUGGGCCCUCAAACAACAGUAAUAGCAAUGGUACUUCCAGCAACGUCAGCAAUGGGCCUUCGAGAACUGUUGGAGAUGGACGAAACAGCAAUCAGAAUAGUAAUAGUGGGCAGCCCAUGGCAAGUUUGUGGGACAUGUCUACAACUGGCUCCUUUAAUGGUGAAGGUAAUCAUGGACUGCCAUCGCCUAUUGGCCCUCUAGGUGGGCAUGCACGACGUGGUAUGGAUUCAGGUUUUAAUGGCAAUGACCCCGGACACCAGAAGAGAUAUACCCGAAUACAGCCAAUGGAACUCGGGAUUCAUAUUGGAUCAAAGCAUGUAUCCAUCCUCACAGCACAACAUUGGCUCAUCUACAUUCCUUGAUAGCUUCUUUGGAUCGAGUGUUGGUGUCUCCACGUCACUCUAUAGCCAACAGCCUCAAGUACAGCCUCAUCAUUUUCCACACCAACCACAACCGCUAUCGCCGUUUGACUAUUCAAAUUUCGGAGGAUUAGGUAAUUCAACAACCUCGAACACUCCAUCAUUGACAUCGCCUACAUCGUCUGGAGUUGUAUCCAUGUCUGCAAUUGGGAGCAGCCGACAACAUUUCUCAUCGCAGCAGCCUAUAGGCUCCAUACCAACCAAGAGUAAUAAUGAUAGUCAAAACCCCAAACACUAUUAAAA